CAGCACUGCUCAGCGGUAUAGUCACGUAGGGACCGAUCUUAAACAUUGUCUGAUGACUCAUGGAGGUUGAUUAUCAGUACCAAGUGGAUUACGCCAAAAGCGGCCGGGCAGGUUGCACGAAGUGUAAAACUCCAAUCCCACAGGACAGUCUACGUGUUGCUAGGUUGGUCCAGGUAAGUUCCCGUCUUCCAUGACGCUAUACCCCCAAGGCUGCUAAUUUUGAUGGGAAAAUACCGAAAUGGUUUCAUUUUCGAUGCUUUUUCACCGGGAAGUUUAAGAUACAAGCAACCUCGGAAAUAAAGAAUUUCGAUUCAUUACGAUGGGAGGAUCAGGAGAAAAUUCGAAGUGCACUCGGUUCUUCGGAUGGUACCACAACCACACCCACACCCACCAAUCUGAAGUUCUCCAUCAAGCUGGCUAUGCCUGGUCUUAAUUGCACCACUUGCAAAGGCCUCUUACUCCAGGAAAGGCACAUGAUUCAUGAAGGUGACAAAGAGUCCACAGUUGAUUAUCAUUUGUCCUGCUUUCUGCGCAGCAACCACUGCCCUGCGGAUAUCACUACGUUGGCAGGCUUUAAAAAACUGAAGCAAGUGGAUCGGGAUGCUGUUACUCUGGCCCACACAGAGGCCACCAAGGAGAAUUUGAAACGUGCCCGACCGGCGGAAACGAACGACAAGGGACCGGCGGCCAAGAAAACCAAAGUGGACAAACCGGCUACGGAUGAUGAACAGAAUGCUCUUCGUCUCCAAAGCAAUCGACUUUGGAAGCUGCGAGGCAAUCUGGAACGUGAGGUGUCAAAAGACGCAUUGAUUGGCCUGUUAGAAUACAACGGACAACACGUGCCCUCUGGUUUGUCCAAUCUACUCGAAGCCGUCUCGGACGCGAUGGUGUUCGGUGCAUUAGUUGAUUGUCCCAGCUGCAAAAACGGGCCGUUGCACUAUUCUAACGGCCAGUACAAGUGUAGCGCUAUGGCAACCGAGUGGGCAAAGUGCUUGUACACGACACGUGAUCCCGAACGCAAACCAUUCUUGGUUCCAAAGGAAUAUUUCGACGUGGAAUUUCUGAAAAACUACAAAUACGUAAAGCGAAAGCGAUUGUUCGCCAAAGAUUCCGCCCCACCUCCAGUGGGGGCCUUGUCUACUCAUACCGUGUUUGUCACCGAUGGUCCACAUGAUGACGGCAAGUCCAAAGCUGCGCUGGUGGACGAGUGCAAAGCUUUGGGUGCUUUUGUUACGGAAAAGCUUGGAAGUGGUGUGAUCGUAGUAAGUAGCCCAAUGGGUCUGGAGAACAUGGACAAGAAGGACAAAGCGCGAGCAAAAUCUUUGGGAUUACGAAUCGUUGAUCAAAAGGUUUUGGCCAGCUUGAGCAAAUCCCCUGUGAAGUUGUCCAUCUCACAACUGACUACCGUCCUGGAAAAGCACACCAUCUCGGAUUGGACAGUAAAGAUUAUCAGGGAAGCCAGAUUCCUGAAAGCAACCACUGAGUGCCCGGAAUCUACUGAGACUCUCAGCUCCGCUAGAUGCUGGCCAGGAAGUCAACGCUCCCUCAAUAAGCGGCGCGUCACAGCCUUGUAUAAACCCAGACAGCGCGAGUCAGCGUUGAUCAAGGUCAGACAACGCCCCCGCAAUAUGCAGCGCGUCACAGCCUUGAACCAAAGCCAGACCACGUGGGUCAGCAUUGGACCAAGUUCAAACAGUGUCCCUCCAAUAACUAGCUUGAGACUGUUGCAUUCUCGCUCUCGCUCUCUGGACAACGUAGAGCUUGGCGGAAGGGUGUUGUUGGUGCCGUUGGGCUUCCAGGCUGGAGUCCUUAUGACCCAUCCCGGGACUCGGCUGAAGACGGGUCAAGAAAUGGCCACUGAUCGAUUUGAGUCGAAGGGAUCAUCGUCAGCGUUUAACUCUCGUGAUGCAGAUGACGUGAUUAAAUGCACAUUCAAGGGUGGGGCCGUGGUUGACCCAGAGUCUGGUUUGGAAUCGCGCGCUUCCGUAAUGCGAGACAGUAUGGGAAAACCAAUGAGCGCCGUGUUGGGUAUGGUCGACCUUGUGAAGGGAUCGAAUUCCUUCUAUAGGUUACAAGCCCUGCAAGCGGACACCAAAGCCUCAUUCUGGGUGUUUCGAGCUUGGGGCCGCAUUGGGACAACAAUAGGUGGCACCAAGUUGGAGAAAUUCACCACUGCUUCUGCCGCGCGUCAGUCUUUUGAAGACCUCUAUUUGGAGAAAACCGGGAAUGAGUGGAAGGAUCGAGCCAAUUUUCAAAAGAAACCUCAUAAAUUCUAUGAAAUAGAACUGGAUUAUGGUGAGGCUGAAGAAAAAGGCCAACAAAUGGUCCCGACCAAACCUUCGAAACUCCCGCCAGCUUUGCAAGCUCUCAUCCAAUUCAUCUGCGACAUUGAGUCGAUGAAGGAGGCAAUGAUAGAGUUUGAGCUUGACCUUCGAAAAAUGCCCCUGGGCAAGUUGUCCAAACGUCAGAUUCACGAGGCUUUCGGUGUUCUCUCAAGUUUGAGCGCUUUGCUUGACAAGAAGAAGAAGAAGGGAUCCCCGGUCACUCUGGAUCCGACCUUCCUACUAAGCGCUUCCACUCGUUUCUACACCCUGAUCCCGCACAAUUUCGGGAUGAAGGCCCCUCCUUUGUUGGACAAUCCAAAGAUGAUAAGGGAUAAAUUGAACAUGUUAGAUGAUUUGUUAGAGAUUGAAUUGGCCUACAACAUCCUCAAGGAAGAUAAACAGUCUGGAGAACACCCACUAGAUCAGCACUACAAACAGCUGAAAACCAAUUUGAAGCUUCUUGACCCGUCUGAGGAAGAAUACAAACGUAUCGCAGAAUACAUCCGAUUGACACAUGGGGCGACGCAUCGUCACUUCUCACUACAGCUGGAAGCCGUCUUCGACGUCGAGCGGCCCGAAGAGAAAGCUCAUUUCGAUAACUACAAACCAGCACAACACAACAAACAGCUUCUCUGGCACGGUUCUCGACGCACAAACUGGGUCGGGAUUUUAUCCCAAGGUCUGCGAAUCGCACCUCCGGAGGCUCCAGUCACCGGCUACAUGUUUGGCAAAGGCAUCUAUUUUGCGGACAUGGUAAGCAAGGCGGCCAACUACUGUUUCACCAACCAAUCUCAGCCUUACGGUAUCAUGCUUCUGUGCGAGGUCAUUCUGGGCGACAUGGACAAAUGUACUCACGCGAAUGGAGAUCCACUGCCGAGCCAGUACCACAGCCGUAUGGGUAUGGGCUCGGUAACUCCUGAUCCAAAAUCUCAUUACACCAAUCCCGAGGGUGUUGUUUAUCCAAUCGGCGAACCAAUCGACUCCGGUGUGAAAAACGGUUCGCUGAUAUACAACGAGUACAUCGUGUACGAUGUGGCUCAGGUCAAACAGAAGUAUCUUGUUCGUGUCAAGUUUACAUACUGACUAUCCGAUUGGAUCGCAUUUCUGCCUUUUUGCUCGCCCGUAAAUCUUUGUCCCGGUUUAUCCAUCGCAGAUUUUUUAUUUCUGUCAUGUGCCAUUAUAUACACGCUGAAGUAAAAAAGACGUCAUAG